CUGUGGAUCUUUUGACAAUCAAAGAUCGAUGAGCAAGGGUCGACGAGAAGCUCUGAGACCGCUGCUACGUACAGUACCAUUGCCAUCAUCCAGACUAAGUCUUCUAUACUACCACAACUAUCAUCCCCAUCCAUUGCUGAAAGAUGGGCAAUGAAUUCUCCACAUGGUGGGAUUCUGUGUGGGAAGAGUGGACUGGGGAAGAAAAGAAGGAAGGAGAGGCAGAAACGCCCAAGGAAGAAUUAACGUCAGCAGAACAAGAAUUGCCACCACCCGAGUUGUCCGAUGAGGACAAGCAGCGACGAAUGGACGAAUUGAAGGGCCUGGCCGAAGAAUGUGGCUUUGAACAUGUCCAUCAGGCCGAAGUCGCCAUUGGUGGAUUCCUCUGGGUGCUCCAAAAGAGUGACAAUAUGGAGGAGGAAACCGUCACUCGCCUGAUGGAUUCCAUUCAAGGCGCAAACGAUGCCGUCAAGCAGUACACCAAGCUGUCCGCACUCCAAGAGAUUCCGAAAAUGAUCAAUCCAUUGAAAUUGGUCAAGUUGACCAAGACAUUGAUAUCAGUCUACAAGGUACAAAAUGGAGUCAAACGAUUGACACGACAAGACAAGGAUUGCCAGCAUACAGAAGAUGUUGUGGGAGUACUCAAAAAGGUAUGGGUACCACAAGAAGCCAUUGAACAGUUUUUGGAGGGGUUCAUUGGAUAUAUGCAGCAAAACUUGAAUACCGAUGUCAGUGAUAUCUUGUGUCUAGCAAAAGAAGCAGCAGCAGCGGAAGCAGAGGGAGGUGGAGACGUUAAGGAAAUGGCAGUGGAACCAGAAACCAAAGAAGAAACGAAAGACGAACCGAAAGAAACGGUAGAUGCGGAUGCAGAAGCAAAGGAAGAAGCCACGGAAAACGACAAAGAACAGGGAGAUGACAGCAAUGAUUCCGAGAAAGCAGCAGAAAAGACAGAAGACACCAACGAGGCAGAAAACAACAACGCGGAACCACUAGCCGACGGCGAGGAAACGGAGGAAUUAGCAGAAGCUCUAGAAGAAACGGAUGAUGUACACGCAGAUGCAGAUGCCGAUGCAGACAUCAUGGCAGCAGAACCCUCAGAAUCACCAGCCGAUGCAGAACCCACGGAGCCGGAGGGAGGUGAUACAACAGGACCCGUAUUAGAAGAAGGCAAGGAUGAGGGCGAAAAGGAAUAGAAGAUCCUCAUUCAGCCACAACAACCUUCUGCCUUGCAAUCGCCAGCCAACUUUGGCCGGUUCCGGAGCGUAUGUUGGAUUGUAGACCUAAUCUAGCAACUACUACAACUUUUCAGUC